AUGAAUGGCUUCAGCACCGAGGAGGACAGCCGGGAUGGGCCCCCCGCUGCCCCCUUUUACGGCCAGAGCUGCUGCCUGAUUGAUGACGGGGACCGCUGUGUCCGCCCGGCCGGCAAUGCCUCCUUCAGCAAGAGGGUCCAGAAGAGCAUCUCCCAGAAGAAGCUCAAGCUGGACAUUGACAAAAGUGUAAGGCACCUGUACAUUUGUGAUUUCCACAAGAAUUUCAUUCAGAGUGUGCGAAACAAAAGGAAGAGGAAAACUAGCGAUGAUGGAGGAGACUCUCCUGAGCAUGAGAUGGAUGUCCCAGAGGUUGACCUGUUCCAGCUGCAAGUGAACACGCUGCGACGGUACAAAAGACAUUACAAGUUACAGACCAGGCCUGGCCUCAAUAAGGCUCAGCUAGCAGAAACUAUUAGCCGCCACUUCAGAAAUAUCCCUGUGAACGAGAAGGAAACACUUGCUUACUUCAUCUACAUGGUAAAGAGCAACAAGAGCAGGCUGGACCAGAAAUCGGAAAGCAGCAAGCAACUAGAAUGAAGAUGAGUUGGACUUUGGAUGAGAAUAAGCAUGAUAUUGAAGGAACAGGUGGUGUCAUGCAUUUUAAGCUUAUAAAGACUGUUAAACUAUAUUGUAAAUUUUUUUAAAUGCCGUGUGUGUGAAUGCCUAAAAACUCUUGGUCAGGACUAUCUGAAAACAUGUGUCCAACAUGCCUAAGGAGACUUACUUCCCAGUCAAAGCCAACAUUGGAAUGAAGGAAUAAAGAUCAUAGGAAGAAUUAAAGAUAUCAGUAGGACUCCGUGGCUUUGGAGUUCAUUGAUGCAGUGUGUUAAAAUACUUCUGGAAGCCUGCUUCUGAAUGUGAUUUAGGUGACAAGUAAAAAGAAUUCAGUGGCCUCAUUCUGCAUCACAAAACCACCAUGCAGCACACUUGGACUCAGGACUGGAACAGCGGUGGAGUUAUAAUUCAGAAUCAAGAUGCAUGGGUCAGAAGUCUGUCUGAAGCUUGCUCACAACCUGAACACACUCCACCUUUUCUGAGUCAGUGCUACAAGUCCCAAACUUCUGUGAAUGAAUGCUACAAUUUGCCAAAUCCACUCAGUGAAUGCUAUUUGAUUGGUUUGAAAAUAGAUUUCUCACGUCAUAUUAUAUGGAAACCAAACUGAUAUUGCCAACCUUUUCAUCUGCUUCACCUUAUUUAAAAACUCAUUAUUUAAUUGAAUUGUUUUAAGCAUUUGAGAACAUCUGCAUUUUCUGGACUUAUGGCAUUUAAGGAAAUAUGUGGCAUUUAGGCAAAUAUUGUGAAUUAAUUCACUGGUUUGAUCAUGUUGUUAAAAAUGCCCCAAUUAAUUUA